UGCAACAAAGCGGAAAAUAUAUUCAUAUAACCUUUCUGUACUGUGUCUCGAGAGAGUAAAAAAUCAACACAUGUACCUCGUUUGAUUUCAAAUACGUCUCGCGGUUGAUCUAAUUGAGGGUCAUGCACGUGCUGGGUGCAUUAUAAUUUAGUGCACCCAGCCAUGUUCUGCCGUAACCGCACCGUCGUCACAAUGGCAGCUUUUUUGUAGAACCGCCAUUUUGUGCGCGGUGUACACAUGAACAUGUUGUGCCUCGUUCGUAUGUACGCACGAUGAGUGAGAUGAACGCCUCUCCGAAAGGUCUCUCUGUCCAGAAAGACCUUCGCUCACCGAUAGUCAUUUUUAGCAAAUGCACUGCUACUGUUUUUAUCACUAGACUAACUAUAAACCAGUCGGUGGACAAAUACGAAAAAUGACUCAGCCUUAUUUGGUCAUUCGUUUCCUCUCGCCAGACGCACUAUACCAGUCUCGCUCUAAAUAGCCAUGACAAGCGAUUGGAGCUCGUACGUACACAUUGUAUGAGUGGGAAGGAAAUAUGCUGUUGCGUACGGCUCUCUCUCACUGCAUGUCUUUGUACAUCAUUGAGCAACGGCGGCGUUAAUCGGAUACGUAUGAUCAUGCCCGUCGAUACUGGGACCCUAUUACACCUAACUCAUAGCCCAAAUAGCUGCCGCCCCGAAGUUUCGCGAAGAUGAAAACGACGCAUCAGCAACAGCAGCUGUUGCCGGACGAGCCGUUUCUGAGUCGUUGCAGAAGUCAUGAUAGUAACUCGGUGAUGCGAGAUGAUCGUUUUUACAACGAUUACUACGACGUUUGUAGUUUGUGCCUUUGACCGUUUACAGAUGAUCGAGUUAUCGUUCUCAUCCUGGUAAAGACCUAACGGCUGCAGUUCGACCUUUGCAAGCAGCAAUAUAGAAAUAUCGAGGCGGCAGGCGGAGCUUGGCACGAUUUCGGCCAUGUGGAACACCGCAGUGAUACCAUGGAUGACAGUCUUGUGUAGCUGUGCUCAGGUAUCUUUCUGCCAAGAGGGUGUUCGCGAUGAUUCGCAUGUAGAAAACGUGGUGCAUAAGGCUGUCGCCGACGAGUUCGACUCUCAAAUCCUCACCAACAGGACAACCGCGUUUCUGUCAUGCGCUUCGGGAGAAAUGCACGUAAAGCUUAACUUCAGCGAACCUUUCCGAGGAAUUACUUACGUCGAUUACGACAAGACGAGCCCCUGCAAGUUUUACGGCGAUGGCAGGAAGUAUUAUGAGCUUCGAAUUCCGCUCAAGGGAUGCGGGACCAAACAGGAAGCGCCUCGUGUGUUCAUCAACAAUAUUAUUGUGCGCUUUCAUCGGUCACUCGAACUGGAAGAAGAUGAAAUUAAGACGAUCAUCUGUAGAUACCCGCCACCGCAAGCGCCACCUCCUGCUACAGUUGUUGCCCCUAUAGUGGAAGCCCCACCGUUGAUACCUCCACUUCGGCCACCAAAGCUCUCGGAAAUUGAACUUCUGUUAAUCAUUUGCGCUCUGCUAUUCCUGACGCUGUUGCUUCUCGGCAUCGGAAUAGCUUACUACUGCCUCAAGAAACGUAACGUCAAGGUAAUCAAGAAACGACCGGUAUCAACACCCGCGUCUGAGAUCACCAAAAUCUCGGAUUUUGCUCCGAUUACAAUUCCCCGCGCAGUUGCUCAAUCCUCAUCAAGCGGAUCCGAGGCAACUCUCAUCUCGGACUAUCCGUCGGAGAGUCCGUCGAGUGCAAGCGAUCUCGAGGAAGCCGUCGAUCGACGCCUCGUCGACGCCAAGAUUCCGAUUCCACCUGCACCUUACCCUACUGAUGGAGAGCGAGCUGAAUCACUAGCCUCCGUUGAGCUUCCUUUACGAGCUGCGGCGAUUCCCCGCCCGAAGUCCGGUCCCUAUCCGACUGAUGCCGAGCGUGCAGAAAGCAUCUCGUCAGAACAACGUAUAGCCACGAUACCUCGUCGACCUAAACGGGACAUUCAGACGGCUGAUGACUACUUUAUUAACACGAUUCAGGAAACAACUGAGGACGUCGACAUGGAUAAUCUACAUACGACUACGACACUUGACGCUGUUGAAGCGCAGCCUUUGUACGGAUCGAUUCCUGAUAAUGAUAACUAUUCACAAAGCGAAAUUGAGUCGGUGAUUUUGCCACAGCGUGAACGCGUACCUCAGAGAAGCACUCAAAUGAUCGACGAUCUCAAUAUAACGACAGAGCAUACUGUCGACACCGUUGAAAAUACCAGUAAAAAGCACAGGGACACUAUUAUCGCGGCACGGAAGCCGAAGAUCGAAGUAAAAAAUAUUGAAGAUGUCAUCCUUACAACUGAACAUGACAUUACCACAAACGAGGAGGUAACUAAACAUCGACGUGACACAAUCCAGCAGUAUCAGAAAGCUGAACCAGAGGUACUCACAGUUCCCACUGAGUACCUCGCGCCGACGUGGGACGUCAACUUUAAGACGCGCGAUCCAGGCCAACCCGCCACCUUUGGUCCUGGUCUAUGCCAGCAAACGACUACGUCCACGUGGGAGACAGAUGACUUAACUAAAACAACGGCAGCGGAUCGGACAACUGUGCAUGACAUAACCGACAUCCGCAGGACGGAUAUCCAGGACGAAGCAGAUAUAAGCAAUGUCGACACCCGAACCUCAGAUACCGGUAAUGUGGAUAUUCGUACCACAGGCAUCCGUGACAUCACCACGGAUAUCAAGACCAUUGACGUGACAAAUGUAGACAUUUGCGACACAGAUAUGAGUAACGUAGACUUCAGUCAAGAUAGCGUGAUCUUGCCACCGCCGAAGUCUGUCACGCCACCGAAACCCAGCUUGAUGUCAAUCUCGUCGAUGCCGCCCAAAUACGAAUUGCUUGAACGAAUCGUGUCACCUCCACCUGUUCCCGGUGUUGAAAUGUUGACGCCACCGAUCAAGAAUCGGUGGACCGUGCUCAUCUCAAGUGAUGACACGUUCCGUACUUUAAUUCACGAAGCACAUACGAUUGAGGAGUAUACCCGUGUGUCGUACCACGUUGAUUACGUGCAUGUUUUCGAACGGCCUGUUUGGGACGUGAUUAUUCGGGUGUUAACCUUUCCCGACUACCGGUUCGAGCCAACGGUGACGAUCAGACGAUUGCCCCCCCUCCGUGAUGUGCCUGAUGUCGAUUUACGUUCCCUGACAGAAACUGAGGUGGAACCGUGUCGACGAAAGCCAGAUUCCAUCUUGUCGGAUGAAUCCCGUCCCGAAGGAGAUCGAGCCACGUCCGAGUACACCGAGCCAGCGAAUCAGCGACGCCGUGCAGAGUCGAUUGCCAGCUAUCAAAAGCCUGUUUUACGACCGAUCGAGGUGGAUAUCGAUGAAUCGGACGAUGCUCGAUCAGAUAUAACAUUUGACGUGCCCGCCGAGACGCUAGUUUCACGCAUGACUUCCACCGAUAUACAGGACGUACCUGAGGGAAGGCGAAUCAUAACGCAACAGACUCGCUUCACAGAGAGCUCGCGCACCAGCAGCCGUAGGUACUAGAAGCUAACGAUGAAAAUACUAAAGCAAUUGGUGUUGCGAGCUGGCCAUUAAGGUUGUAUGAUUAUUCAGUGUAAUGAGCUAAAAAUGAAGCACAGCAUAAGAAGCAAAAAACAGAGAUACACCCUAUUGCUUGGCAACGUGACGCUCGAUCAUCUGGCGAUUUGAGAAUAUCAAGAAAUAUGCAGUAAAAACACCAGGAUGUAUCCAAAAAUUACGGAACCUCUUCUCGAACAAACAAAAAUGUUGAUUUAUCAUCCUCUAGUCAGGAUAGUCAUAAUAUGAGACAGCAAAUAGGAUACAGCCAGACUUUGAAAAAUGGUCAAUUGCACUACAUAUACACGAAUGUUGAAUCACCGUGGAUCGAGAUCGUUAGCCGCGCAUGAGCUACGACCUUUACUUACUGGCUCAACGGUAAGAGGAGUGGACGUCAUUACUGAGGAACAGGGCUUCUGUGUAGGGCAAAAUCCAGGAGUGGAACCCCCAGUCGCCAUAUUUCGGAGGUUGGCUUGGGUGCUCCAGAUGGAUCGUAGGUCGGGGUAAGGAAAAAGUAGAAUCACACUUAUCAGUUGACUUCGGAACCAGUACUUAAUAGAGUAACGCGUAUCGUGUUUUUACUGCGGUCAACCAGCUCUAGAGAAAUAAAAAAAAUUGCCACCAUUUUAGAUAAGAUUGUGAAAGGCAAAUAGUCGAGGAAUUGGGACGCACAGACAUACAGACAGGACUCUUGUCAACCAAAGUAGGAAUAUGCAUAUAGUCGAGAUGACAGUAGCCGUGGCGAAGGCUCAAAGAGCGCUUAGGAUGGUACCGAAAACAUACCUGAGAUGACGAACUAUCGAGCCCAAUACUACUUUCGACCCCGUAGGAAAUGCACGUUAUUUAUAAACCCGCAAGACAAGACAACGGAAAAGAAGGUACACUCAAAAUGAAUUGACAACUAAGGUCGACUACUUAGGCUUACAAAUCUGCCUGUAAAGCGUGAGCGAGCCUUAGCACAUGAUCAACAAAGAAAUACACGCAUGUCGAACAAAAACAAUGAAAAAUUAAUACAACCGAUCAUAAAUUACGUUGUUUGUUUGUUUGUUUGUUUGUUCUGUUGUCGCAAAUUAUCGUUCAAAGCUAUAAAGAUAGAUUUUUUCACAAGCAGCUACUAAUCUGGACAUAAUUAUAACAUGAAGUCUGCGACAAAACAGAUGAGAUGACAAAAGUGCAAGUAAGAUUUAUGAAGCGGUAGAUAUAAAGGUCCGAGUGCUAAAAGGAGAACAUGCAGAUUGCGGGAGUAUGAAUAUCACCUGUUUUCAUCAACUAUUUGAUUUUAUAAGGGUAGUUCAUUCAUGAUUUUCAAUACCUCUGAAUCAGACCGCAUCCUGGAAACAUCAUCGAUCGUCAACGAAUCUUCUCAACAGACGUACAAAUUUAGACUUGACUGACUGAAAAUAUUUUCUAAGCGGUGUAGAUUGAGUACUAAAAUAGAAUCCUGUGUCGGCAACUGCCACUACAUAGACAAAAUGAUCGGACGCCUGAAGACCGUACGCUUCAUUUAUAAGAUUAUGUUUAUCAAGCUGACGAUGUUUCAUCGUACGUUAUUCCAGAUGAAGAAAUGCUAUUAUUUAAUAAAUAACAAUUAAUUACAAACAGAGAAAAAACAUGUAAACGCGCGUAUACACGACGUCAUUCGUUGCAGUUGUAAGUGUAAUGACGAUAAAACGAUAACUGUAAUCAUAGUUCGAAUUGGCCGCCUCUAACGGCUCCUUAUGAUCAGCAGAUGCUGUGUCCUGUUGACUAAGGCACUACCGUGGCUGUACGCUUUAUUCUAAAUAACUCCUUUGCCUUAAGCUAGCUAGGAAUAAAAAUGUAAAUAUGUUAAAUAGCGACGACGAGAAUAUAUAUAUAUAUAUGAAAGAGCGCUUUUUCGAUGAACACAUAUGUGUGCCACUACGUAGAGAAAACGGUCCUUUGACGAAUGUGGCAGUUUUAAUUAUAUUAGAAAAGCUGAUUGGUUACUUUAAUGGGCUUUCAAGAAUUUGAUUGAUCAGCGAAAACGUAACCUUAUGGAUGCCUCGGCUUGAAAACGAAAAACGUCGAAAAUGUCAAACACAGAUCUACCAGUUAGCAUUCCUUAACUAGUAUAUUCUGUUGGUCCUAUGCCCUAAAUGAUAUGAUUCACUACAGCACAGCCGCAAUGUAAGUUAAAUUAUAUAAUUAUGUAAGUCACAACGCGGUAAUCAUACUUCUGUUUUCGAAUUUAUUGAAUCAACUAGAAGUUUCUUUAGGAAACUCUCGAUUAGGAAUGCCGCACAGAUUUCGAGACUAUAAUAAUAAUAAUACUAUGAAAUCUGUCGAUUUUCUAAAUUUUUUUUGGACCGUCCACUUGGUGGAUUGAGGUUUUGUCUACAGUCUUUUGUUUGUAUUAACAUAUGAAAUACUUUACUAUGUUGUUAUUAAUAAACGAUGACGCUCUGUGAUCUGCUAGGUGA